GUGUGUUUGAAGUUGUGUUAGACAUUGUAGGUAAACAAUAGUACCACUUGUGUAUGUACUCUAUGAUGUCUGGUUUUGGUGGACUCGUAGAUGUGAUGCUGAUGGCUUCUGUUCGUCAAGGUAAAGUCGAAGCGACGGAGUUGAUGUGGAAGUGGCGAUACUUAAUUAUUGAUUUUGGAGCAAAAGUUUACGUGGUCUACUGGGAACACAAUGACAAUUACUAGCACACAUACGCAGAGCGAUAUUAUUGGCAGCUACCUAAGACUAAUGUUUUUUCGAUGAGCUUAUUUCAAACUUCUGGAACAAACAAUAGGCAGAGCGAA